GGCGAGGUGCUCUAGAGUGGGCUUCUGUUUGGGGCCGCCGGAGAAAGAUCCCCUUGGUAUGGUGAGGGGAGGGGACUCAGGGACCCCGUGCUACUCCUGCCUGACCCCGGCGAGGCCGAGAAGAAAGGGGGACCUUCGCUCGAUCUGGACGUACAAAUAAUGCCCAGGCAGACGUGAAAGAUGCUGAGCUGCGCUGGCAGUUGCCCGUGCCCGACCGCCGUCAGGAAGCCGCAGCAGCAGCAGGGGCCGUGGAGGCGGCGGCGGCUGGAGGGACAGGGACCCAACUGAGCGCUCCCGGGUGCCGGCGCUGGGGCGCGAGGGCGAGCGGGCGGAACGGGGCUCUCCAAGUGCCUGCGCGCCGACGCCGACGCCCGGGCCUCCGCGGCCACUGCUGGAGGACGCUGGAGGGGCGUUGCAGCCUCGUUCUCGACGAGUGGGGAGGCGAGGAAAUUCCUCAUCUUCAGCUUUUGGGAAAGGAAUUUCAUUCUCCCGGUUCUCCACCGCUCCCUCGCCGGUUCGCAGUUGUGCUUUUCCGUCGCUACGCACGUUUGUCUUCUCUCUACCAUUUCUUCUUCGUGGGUAAGUUAGUUCUAAAGUUUCUCAAGAAAACUGUUUGCAGUGCUUCUUCGUAUACCUUGAAUACAAGCAACCUCUCCCAACUCUGAACCCUCCGGGCGAAAAUGCUUAGACUUUCUGGAUUAAAGACAAGGUAAAAGGGAGAGGGGUAAAUAUAAGAGGUCUGAGAAACUUUUCUGGGAGCUCAUUUUCCAAGAGGGUACAGCGGAAUGCCCUGGCGCGUUUGGCCACACCAUCUCUCUCGCACUACGCGUCCAGCUGGCUACCUGGAGCCUUUUGCUGACGGGACUUACUUUGGCUGGACUGGAGAUUCUUUGAAACAAAAGAGGUCUCAGACCCAGCUGGAUUUUUGUUAGCGCCACUUGAUCCUUGUAAAUAUUAUUCCGUUUCCUUCACUCCUUCUUUCUCUUCAUCACAACGAUCCAGGGAGCCAGGACCAUGAACUUGGCAGCAGGCAGGGCUCCUGGCCGCCCGUGGCUCCCGCUGCAUACUCUAUCCGGAUUUCAGCUCUUUCGAGUCUUUUGGCUGCUGUCACUGCUCCCGGGGCCGGCCUGGGUCCACGGGGCCGAGCAGCGCCAGGUCUUCCAAGUGCUGGAAGAGCAACCUCCGGGCACUCUGGUAGGCACCAUCCAGACACGCCCGGGCUUCAUCUACCGGCUCAGUGAAAGCCACGCCUUGUUUGCCAUCAACGCUAGCACCGGAGCCCUGUACACCACCACCACCAUCGACCGCGAGAGCCUGCCCAGCGACGUGAUCAACCUGGUGGUCCUUUCCAGUGCGCCCACCUACCCUACUGAAGUGCGAGUGCUGGUGCGGGACCUCAACGACAACGCCCCCGUCUUCCCGGACCCCACGAUCACGGUCACCUUCAAGGAGGACAGCAGCAGCGGGCGCCAAGUCAUCUUGGACACGGCCACCGACUCGGACAUCGGCUCCAACGGUGUGGACCACCGUUCCUACCGCAUCAUCCGGGGCAAUGAGGCAGGCCGUUUCCGCCUGGACAUCACCCUGAACCCAAGCGGUGAGGGCGCGUUCCUGCAUCUCGUGUCCAAGGGCGGGCUGGACCGCGAGGUCACACCACAUUACCAGCUCCUGGUGGAGGUAGAAGAUAAGGGUGAGCCGAAGCGGAGGGGCUACCUCCAGGUAAACGUGACUGUGCAAGAUAUCAAUGACAACCCUCCAGUUUUCGGCAGUUCCCACUACCAGGCGGGGGUGCCUGAGGACGCGGUUGUGGGCUCCAGCGUCCUCCAGGUGGCAGCGGCUGACGCAGACGAAGGGACCAACGCGGACAUCCACUAUCGGCUGCAGGACGAGGGGACCCCUUUCCAAAUGGACCCAGAGACCGGGCUGAUCACAGUGCGAGAGCCGCUGGACUUUGAGGCGAGGCGCCAGUACUCGCUUACGGUGCAGGCCGUGGACCGAGGCGUGCCCUCCCUCCUGGGGCGCGCCGAGGCGCUGAUUCAGCUAUUGGACGUGAAUGACAACGACCCGGUAGUGAAGUUCCGAUACUUCCCUGCCACCUCCCGCUAUGCCUCAGUAGAUGAAAACGCUCAAGUAGGCACGGUGGUGGCUCUGCUCACCGUAACGGACGCAGAUUCCCCCUUGGCCAACGGGAAUAUCUCGGUGCAGAUUCUCGGGGGCAACGAGCAGCACCACUUUGAAGUGCAGAGAAGCAAAGUGCCAAACCUGAGCCUAAUCAAGGUGGCCAGCGCGCUGGACCGCGAGCGCAUCCCUUCCUAUAACCUCACUGUCUCGGUGUCUGAUAACCAUGGGGCGCCCCCUGCCGAGGUCCAGGCGCGCUCCUCCGUGGCCAGUCUGGUGAUUUUCGUCAACGACAUCAAUGACCACCCUCCUGUCUUUGCACAGCAGGUGUACAGAGUGAACCUGAGCGAGGAGGCGCCUCCGGGAAGCUAUGUGAGCGGGGUAUCUGCCACUGAUGGCGACUCUGGUCUCAACGCUAAUCUGCGUUACAGCAUCAUCUCUGGCAAUGGGCUAGGAUGGUUCCAUAUCAGUGAGCAUAGCGGCCUGGUGACCACAGGAGCGACUGGGGGCCUCAACCGUGAGCUUGCUUCUGAGAUUGUACUGAAUAUUAGUGCCCGGGACCAGGGAGUUCACCCCAAGGUUUCUUAUGCUCAGCUCGUAGUAACACUCCUGGAUGUGAAUGAUGAGAAGCCAGUAUUCAGCCAGCCAGAAGGGUAUAAGGUGUCUGUGGUUGAGAACGCCCCAACAGGGACAGAACUACUCGUCCUUGGGGCAACUGAUGGGGACUUGGGUGAUAAUGGCACAGUACGCUUCUCCUUGCAAGAGGCUGAGAGUGACCAGAGGUCCUUCCGACUGGAUCCUGUAUCUGGGAGGCUGAGUACCAUCUCCUCUUUGGACAGGGAAGAGCAAGCUUUCUAUUCCCUGUUGGUUCUGGCAACAGACCUGGGCACCCCUCCCCAGUCAUCAGUGGCUCAAAUAAAUGUGAGUCUUCUGGAUAUGAAUGACAACAGCCCUGUGUUCUAUCCAGUCCAGUACUUUGCUCAUAUCCAGGAGAAUGAGCCUGGAGGUAGCUACAUCACCACAGUGUCUGCCACUGACCCAGACUUGGGUCCCAAUGGAACUGUCAAAUAUAGUAUAUCAGCUGGGGACAGGUCUCGGUUUCAGAUCAAUGCUCAAAGUGGGGUUAUUUCUACAAAAAUGGCCCUAGAUAGAGAAGAAAAGACAGCCUACCAGUUGCAAAUAGUGGCUACUGAUGGCGGGAAUUUACAGUCUCCCAACCAGGCAAUAGUUACCAUCACGGUAUUGGACACUCAAGACAACCCACCUGUAUUCAGCCAGGUGGCCUACAGUUUUGUGGUUUUUGAGAAUGUGGCUCUGGGAUAUCAUGUGGGUAGUGUGUCUGCAUCCACCAUGGAUCUCCAUUCCAACAUCAGUUAUCUCAUUACUACUGGAGAUCAGAAAGGUAUGUUUGCUAUCAACCAAGUCACUGGGCAGCUUACCACAGCCAGUGUGAUUGACAGAGAAGAGCAAUCCUUUUAUCAGCUGAACGUAGUGGCCAGUGGGGGCACAGUGACUGGAGACACUGUGGUUAACAUAACAGUUAAGGAUUUGAAUGACAACUCUCCUCAUUUCCUUCAGGCUGUAGAGAGUGUAAAUGUGGUGGAGAACUGGCAGGCAGGUCAUAGCAUUUUCCAAGCCAAAGCUGUAGACCCUGAUGAAGGUGUCAAUGGCAUGGUACUCUAUAGUCUGAAGCAAAACCCCAAGAACCUAUUUGCUAUCAAUGAAAAGAAUGGUAAUAUUAGUCUUCUAGGGCCCCUGGAUGUUCAUGCUGGCUGCUACCAAAUAGAGAUCUUGGCAUCUGAUAUGGGUGUUCCACAGCUCUCCUCUAGUGUCAUCUUAACACUUUAUGUCCAUGAUGUAAAUGACAACCCACCUGUGUUUGACCAACUCUCUUAUGAGGUCACCCUUUCUGAGUCAGAACCUGUGAAUUCUCGAUUCUUUAAAGUGCAAGCUUCUGAUGAGGAUUCAGGAGCAAAUGGUGAAAUUGCAUACACCAUUGCAGAAGGAAAUGCAGGGGAUGCUUUUGGCAUAUUCCCAGAUGGCCAAUUGUAUAUAAAAAGUGAACUGGACCGUGAACUUCAAGACAGAUAUGUUUUAGUGGUUGUUGCUUCUGAUAGAGCGGUGGAACCCCUUAGUGCUACUGUGAAUGUUACUGUAAUUUUAGAAGAUGUAAAUGAUAACAGACCUCUUUUUAAUAGUACCAAUUAUACGUUUUACUUUGAAGAGGAGCAGAGAGCUGGGUCCUUUGUGGGCAAAGUAAGUGCUGUAGAUAAGGACUUUGGGCCAAAUGGAGAAGUAAGGUAUUCUUUUGAAAUGGUGCAGCCAGAUUUUGAGUUGCACACCAUCACUGGGGAAAUUACAAGCACUCAUCAGUUUGACAGGGAAUCUCUUAUGAGGCAGAGAGGGACUGCAGUGUUUAGCUUUACGGUUAUAGCAACAGAUCAGGGCCUCCCUCAGCCUCUCAAGGAUCAGGCCACUGUACAUGUUUACAUGAAGGACAUAAACGACAAUGCUCCCAAAUUUUUAAAAGACUUUUACCAAGCUACAAUAUCAGAGACAGCAGCCAACCUGACACAGGUUUUAAGAGUAUCUGCCUCAGAUGUUGAUGAGGGUAAUAAUGGACUUAUUCAUUAUUCUGUAAUCAAAGGAAAUGAAGAAAGACAGUUUGCUAUAGGCAGUACCUCUGGUCAGGUAACACUAAUUGGCAAAUUAGACUAUGAAGCAACACCUGCCUAUUUCCUUGUGAUUCAAGCAGUGGAUUCAGGGACAGUCUCUCUCAAUUCAACCUGUACUCUAAAUAUUGAUAUUUUGGAUGAAAAUGACAAUACUCCUUCUUUCCCUAAAUCAACACUGUUUGUUGAUGUUUUGGAAAACAUGAGAAUUGGUGAACUUGUGUCCUCUGUUACUGCAACUGAUUCUGACUCAGGUGACAAUGCUGAUUUACAUUACAGUAUUACUGGGAGUAACAACCACGGAACUUUUAGCAUUAGCCCAAACACUGGGAGUAUUUUUCUUGCCAAAAAGUUGGACUUUGAAACACAGUCUUUGUACAAAUUAAACAUAACAGCAAAAGACCAAGGAAGGCCUCCUCGUUCAUCUACAAUGUCAGUGGUGAUUCACGUGAGAGACUUUAAUGACAAUCCUCCUAGCUUUCCUCCUGGAGAUAUUUUCAAGUCUAUAGUGGAGAAUAUUCCCAUUGGAACAUCUGUCAUUUCAGUAACUGCACAUGACCCUGACGCAGACAUCAAUGGGCAACUAUCCUAUACAAUUGUUCAACAGAUGCCAAGAGGCAACCACUUUACCAUAGAUGAGGUCAAGGGGACUAUAUAUACUAAUGCUGAGAUAGACCGGGAAUUUGCUAAUCUUUUUGAGUUAACUGUCAAAGCCAAUGAUCAGGCUGUGCCGAUUGAAACUAGACGGUAUGCUUUGAAAAAUGUGACCAUUCUGGUUACAGACCUGAAUGACAAUGUCCCGAUGUUUAUAUCACAAAAUGCCCUUGCUGCGGACCCUUCAUCUGUGAUUGGCUCUGUUUUGACAACAAUUAUGGCUGCUGACCCAGAUGAAGGGGCCAAUGGAGAAGUGGAAUAUGAGAUUGUCAAUGGGGACAUGGACACCUUUAUUGUGGAUCGUUAUAGUGGUGACUUGAGAGUGGCUUCAGCAUUGCUGCCUUCACAGCUGAUCUAUAAUCUCAUAGUUUCAGCAACAGACCUUGGCCCUGAAAGGAGGAAAUCAACCACUGAACUGACCAUCAUUCUUCAGGGCCUUGAUGGACCUGUUUUUACCCAACCCAAAUAUAUAACUAUUUUGAAGGAAGGUGAACCCAUUGGCACUAAUGUAAUAUCAAUAGAAGCAGCUAGUCCCAGAGGAUCUGAAGCCCCAGUGGAGUAUUACAUUGUUUCAGUUCGUUGUGAAGAAAAAACAGUUGGACGCCUCUUUACCAUUGGGAGACACAGUGGCAUAAUGCAGACUGCAGCCAUUCUGGACCGGGAGCAAGGAGCAUGUCUUUACCUGGUGGAUGUUUAUGCCAUAGAAAAAUCGUCUGCAUUUCCCAGAACACAGAGAGCAGAGGUAGAAAUAACACUUCAGGAUAUCAAUGACAAUCCACCAGUAUUUCCUACUGACAUGCUGGAUCUCACUGUCGAGGAGAACAUUGGAGAUGGCUCUAAGAUUAUGCAACUGACAGCCAUGGAUGCUGACGAGGGUGCAAAUGCUCUCGUCACAUAUGCUAUCAUUAGUGGAGCUGAUGAUAGUUUCCGAAUUGACCCUGAAUCUGGAGAUCUAAUAGCAACCAAACGGUUGGACAGGGAACGGCGGUCCAAAUAUUCAUUGCUGGUUCGAGCAGAUGACGGUCUGCAGUCCUCAGACAUGAGAAUUAAUAUAACCAUCAGUGAUGUGAAUGACCACACACCCAAAUUCUCCAGGCCUGUGUACUCUUUCGACAUCCCAGAAGACACAACUCCUGGUUCUUUGGUAGCAGCCAUCUUAGCUACAGAUGAUGACUCUGGUGUGAAUGGAGAAAUUACAUAUAUUGUGAAUGAAGAUGAUCAAGAUGGCAUAUUUUUCCUGAAUCCAGUUACUGGAGUGUUUAAUUUGACUCGAGUAUUAGAUUAUGAAGCACAGCAAUAUUAUAUCCUCAGUGUUCGAGCUGAAGAUGGUGGAGGACAAUUUACUACCAUCAGAGUUUAUUUCAACAUACUAGAUGUAAAUGAUAAUCCACCUAUUUUCAGCUUGAAUUCAUACAGCACAUCUUUAAUGGAAAAUCUGCCUGUAGGAUCUACUGUUCUUCUGUUUAAUGUUACUGAUGCAGAUGACGGCAUCAAUUCCCAGUUGGCUUACAGCAUUGCUUCAGGUGACAGCUUGACCCAGUUUGCAGUAGACAAGAAUGGUGUACUGAAAGUCCUGAAAGCUUUGGACAGGGAAAGUCAGUCUUUCUACAACCUUGUUGUUCAGGUGCAUGACCUGCCUCAGGUUCCAGCCUCCAGAUUCACAAGCACAGCUCAAGUCUCCAUCAUUUUGUUGGAUGUCAAUGAUAACCCACCAACAUUCCUUUCCCCUAAAUUGACGUACAUUCCAGAAAACACACCUAUUGAUACUGUUGUUUUCAAGGCUCAAGCAUCUGACCCAGACAGCGGCCCAAAUAGCUAUAUUGAAUACACUUUACUGAACCCUCUGGGAAACAAGUUCAGCAUCGGCACUAUUGAUGGCGAAGUGAGGCUCACUGGAGAACUGGACAGAGAAGAAGUUUCUAACUACACUUUAAUGGUAGUGGCUACAGACAAGGGUCAACCAGCUCUCUCCUCAUCCACAGAGGUUGUAGUCAUGGUGCUGGACAUCAAUGACAACAAUCCUGUUUUUGCACAGGCUUUGUAUAAAGUGGAAAUUAACGAAGACACACUGACUGGAACAGACAUACUGCAGGUGUUUGCAGCAGAUGGAGAUGAAGGUACAAAUGGACAGGUUCGCUAUGGCAUCGUGGAUGGCAGUACCAAUCAGGAAUUUCGGAUGGACUCUGUCACAGGUGUCAUCACUGUGGUGAAGCCUUUGGACAGAGAGAAGACUGCUACUUACCUUUUAACUGUUCAGGCUGCGGAUCGGGGCAGCACCCCAAGGACUGAUACCUCCACUGUCAGCAUUGUUUUACUGGACAUGAAUGACUUUGUUCCCACAUUUGAGCUAUCUCCAUAUUUGGUAAAUGUCCCUGAGAAUUUAGGGACACUUCCCAAAACUAUUCUUCAGGUGGUGGCAAGAGAUGAUGAUCAAGGAUCUAAUAGCAAACUCUCCUACGUUCUUCGUGGUGGUAAUGAAGAUCAAGCUUUUACUCUCUCAGCCAGUGGAGAACUUAGAGUGACACAGAGUCUGGACCGGGAGACAAAGGAGCAUUUUGUCUUGGUGAUAACAGCCACAGAUUCAGGAUUCCCUGCCUUGACUGGAACAGGAACAGUCAAUGUCAUAGUAGAUGAUGUCAAUGACAACGUCCCCACCUUUGCCAGUAAAAUGUAUUUCACAACAAUUCCUGAAGAUGCACCAACUGGAACAGAUGUCUUAUUGGUAAAUGCCUCAGAUGCUGAUGCUUCAACAAAUGCAGUUAUAAGUUAUAGCAUCAUUGGUGGAAAUUCUCAGUUCACCAUCAAUCCAUCCACAGGACAAAUCAUCACAAGUGCGUUACUAGACAGAGAAACAAAAGAUAAUUAUACUUUAAUAGUAGUCUCCAGUGAUGCUGGGUCUCCAGAGUCUCUUUCCAGUUCUACCAGUGUGCUUGUAACUGUGACGGAUGUCAAUGACAACCCACCAAGAUUUCAACAUCACCCCUAUGUCACACAUAUCCCAUCUCCUACUCUCCCAGGUUCGUUUGUCUUCGCAGUUACAGUUACAGAUGCUGAUAUUGGACCCAAUUCUGAACUGCAUUACUCUCUUUCGGGUAGAAACUCUGAAAAAUUUCGCAUUGAUCCCUUGAGGGGAGCAAUCAUGGCAGCGGGGCCACUCAGUGGAGCUUCAGAAGUGACAUUUUCUGUCCAUGUGAAAGAUGGUGGUUCAAUUCCAAAAACAGAUUCUACAACAGUAACUGUGAGAUUUGUGAACAAGGCAGAUUUUCCUAAAGUCAGAGCCAAAGAACAAACAUUCAUGUUUCCUGAAAACCAACCAGUAGGCACUCUUGUCACCACCAUUACAGGAUCCUCUUUGAGAGGAGAAGCUUUGUCCUAUUAUAUUGCAAGUGGGAAUCUUGGGAAUACUUUUCAAAUGGAUCAAUUAACAGGACAAGUGUCUAUUAGUCAACCUUUGGAUUUUGAAAAGAUACAAAAGUAUCUUGUGUGGAUAGAGGCCAGAGAUGGAGGCUUCCCUCCUUUCUCUUCUUAUGAAAAACUUGACAUAACAGUAUUAGAUGUCAAUGACAAUUCCCCAAUUUUUAAAGAAGAUCCAUUUGUAUCAGAAAUAUUAGAAAACCUUUCUCCUAGGAAAAUACUUACUGUUUCUGCAAUGGACAAGGACAGUGGACCAAAUGGACAACUGGAUUAUGAAAUUGUCCAUGGCAACAAAGAAAACAGUUUCAGUAUCAAUCAUGCCACUGGUGAAAUUAGAAGCAUUCGACCAUUAGACAGAGAAAAAGUAUCUCAUUAUAUGCUUACCGUAAAAUCUUCAGACAAAGGUUCUCCUUCUCAAAGUACCUCAGUAAAAGUCAUUAUUAACAUUUUAGAUGAAAAUGAUAACGCCCCUAGAUUUUCUCAAAUAUUUAGUGCCCAUGUUCCUGAAAAUUCCCCUUUAGGAUACAUUGUUACACGUGUCACUACUUCUGAUGAAGACAUUGGUACAAAUGCAAUUAGCAGAUAUUCGAUAACAGACAUGAGUCUUCCAUUUACAAUUAACCCCAGCACAGGAGAUAUCAUCAUUAGUAGACCUUUGAACAGAGAAGAUACAGACCGUUAUCGAAUCCGAGUUUCUGCGCAUGAUUCUGGAUGGACUGUAAGUACAGAUGUCACAAUAUUUGUGACAGAUAUCAAUGACAAUGCCCCAAGAUUUAGCAGACCCUCCUAUUAUUUAGACUGCCCUGAGCUUACUGAUAUUGGCUCCAAAGUGACUCAGGUAUAUGCAACAGAUCCUGAUGAGGGAUCAAAUGGGCAAAUAUUUUAUUUUAUAAAAUCUCAGUCAGAAUAUUUCAGGAUUAAUGCCACAACUGGAGAGAUUUUCAACAAGCAGGCCUUAAAAUACCAGAAUGUCAGUGGCUUCAGCAAUGUGAACAUUAACAGGCAUAGUUUCAUAGUGACAUCUUCAGAUCGAGGUAAUCCUUCUUUACUUAGUGAGACAACUGUUACUAUCAACAUAGUUGACAGUAAUGACAAUGCACCUCAGUUUCUUAGAGAUAAAUAUUUCACCCCAGUCACCAAAAAUGUUAAAGUUGGUACGAAGCUAAUCAAAGUGACUGCAGUAGAUGAUAAAGACUUUGGAUUGAAUUCUGAACUGGAAUAUUUCAUUUCUAAUGAAAAUUAUUUAGGGAAAUUUAAAUUGGACAAUGAUACUGGAUGGAUUUCUGUAGCAUCUUCCUUGAUUUCUGACUUGAAUCAAAACUUUCUGAUCACAGUCACGGCACAGGAUAAAGGAAACCCUCCACUUUCUUCCCAAGCAACUGUUCAAAUAACUGUCACUGAGGAAAACUACCACACACCUGAAUUUUCUCAAAGCCACAUGAGUACAACCAUCCCUGAAAGCCACAGUAUUGGGGCCAUAGUUAGAACUGUUUCUGCCAGAGAUCGAGAUGCAGCUAUGAAUGGCUUGAUUACAUACACCAUUUCUGCAGGAAAUGAAGAAGGCAUUUUUGCAAUCAAUUCCUCCACAGGUGUAUUAACAUUAGCCAAAGCUCUUGAUUAUGAGCUAUGCCAGAAGCAUGAAAUAACUAUUAGUGCAACAGAUGGAGGAUGGGUUGCAAGAACUGGUUACUGCAGUGUGACUAUAACUGUGAUUGAUGUGAAUGACAAUUCUCCAGUAUUUGUUCCUGAUGAAUAUUUCCCUACUGUUUUGGAAAAUGCUCCAAGUGGGACAACAGUUAUCCACCUAAAUGCAACAGAUAAUGACUCUGGAACCAAUGCUGUGAUUGCAUAUACUGUUCAGUCAUCAGACAGUGACCUCUUUGUCAUUGACCCCAACACAGGAGUCAUUACCACCCAAGGCUUCUUAGACUUUGAAACCAAGCAGAGCUACCAUCUUAUUGUGAAAGCCUUCAAUGUGCCUGAUGAAGAAAGGUGUAGCUUUGCCACUGUUAAUAUACAAUUAAAAGGAACAAAUGAAUAUGUGCCUCGUUUUGUUUCCAAACUUUACUAUUUUGAAAUCUCAGAAGCAGCUCCUAAAGGUACCAUAGUUGGAGAAGUGUUUGCCAGUGACCGUGAUAUGGGCACUGAUGGGGAGGUACACUAUUUAAUUUUUGGUAAUAGUCGAAAGAAAGGUUUCCAGAUCAAUAAGAAGACUGGACAAAUUUAUGUUUCUGGGCUUCUUGAUAGAGAAAAAGAAGAACGGGUAUCUUUGAAAGUAUUGGCCAAGAAUUUUGGCAGCAUUAGGGGUGCUGAUAUAGACGAAGUCACUGUAAAUGUCACUGUGCUUGAUGCCAACGACCCACCUGUAUUUAGUCUAAAUAUCUACAACGUCCAGAUCAGUGAAGGGGUGCCAAUAGGAACUCAUGUGACCUUUGUCAGUGCCUUUGACUCCGACUCCAUCCCGAGCUGGAGCAGGUUUUCUUAUUUCAUCGGAUCAGGGAAUGAAAAUGGUGCCUUUUCCGUUAAUCCACAGACAGGACAAAUCACUGUUACUGCUGAAUUAGAUCGAGAAACCCUACCUAUCUAUAAUCUCACGGUUUUGGCUGUUGAUUCAGGAAUCCCCUCUGCAACAGGAAGUGCCUCCUUAUUAGUCACCUUAGAAGACAUAAAUGAUAAUGGGCCCAUGUUGACUGUCAGUGAAGGAGAAGUUAUGGAAAACAAACGACCAGGGACUCCAGUAAUGACCCUUCAGUCCACUGAUCCUGACCUCCCUCCUAAUCAAGGCCCCUUUACCUAUUACCUGCUAAGCACAGGUCCUGCCACCAAUUAUUUUAGUCUCAACACUGCUGGAGUUCUGAGCACAACCAGAGAGAUUGACAGAGAGCAGAUUGCAGACUUCUACCUGUCUGUGGUUACUAGGGAUUCUGGUGUCCCUCAGAUGUCUUCCACAGGAACAGUGCACAUCACAGUUAUAGACCAAAAUGACAAUCCUUCUCAGUCUCGGACAGUGGAGAUAUUUGUUAACUAUUAUGGCAACUUGUUCCCUGGUGGAAUUUUAGGCUCCGUGAAGCCACAGGAUCCAGAUGUGUUAGACAGUUUCCACUGUUCCCUCACAUCCGGAGUGACAAGCCUCUUCAGUAUUCCAGGAGGCACCUGUGAUUUAAAUUCCCAGGCACGGUCCACAGAUGGCACAUUUGAUCUGACUGUCCUUAGCAAUGAUGGAGUUCACAGCACAGUCACAAGCAACAUCCGAGUUUUCUUUGCUGGAUUUUCUAAUGCUACAGUGGAUAACAGUAUCUUGCUUCGAGUCAGUGUACCAACAGUAAAGGACUUCUUGACUAACCACUACCUUCAUUUCUUACGCAUUGCCAGCUCUCAGCUAACAGGCUUAGGGACUGCUGUGCAACUCUAUGGUGCCUAUGAAGAGAAUAAUAAAACAUUUCUUUUGGCAGCUGUGAGGAGAAAUAAUAAUCAAUAUGUGAAUCCCAGUGGUGUAGCCACCUUCUUUGAAAGUAUCAAAGAGAUCAUUUUCCGGCAGAGUGGAGUAAAGGUGGAAUCUGUGGACCAUGACUCCUGUGUUCACGGUCCCUGCCAGAAUGGAGGGAGCUGUAUUAGAAGACUGGCUGUGGGCUCCACACUGAAAAGCCACGAGAGUCUCCCUGUUAUCAUCGUGGCAAAUGAACCUCUGCACCCUUUCUUAUGCAAGUGUCUACCAGGUUAUGCUGGCAGCUGGUGUGAAAUAGAUAUAGAUGAAUGCCUUCCAACCCCUUGCCACAAUGGUGGGACCUGUCACAAUUUAGUGGGAGGGUUUUCAUGCAGCUGCCCAGAAGGCUUCACAGGGAGGGCCUGUGAGAGAGAUAUCAAUGAGUGCCUGCCCAGUCCUUGCAAGAAUGGGGCUGUCUGCCAUAAUUUUCCAGGAGGCUUCAACUGUGUUUGCAAAACUGGAUACACAGGGAAAAUGUGUGAAUCUUCAGUCAAUUAUUGUGAAUGCAAUCCUUGCUUUAAUGGUGGUUCCUGCCAAAGUGGUGUGGAUUCAUAUUAUUGCCAUUGUCCAUUUGGUGUCUUUGGGAAGCACUGUGAGUUGAACAGUUAUGGAUUUGAGGAAUUAUCAUACAUGGAAUUUCCCAGCUUGGAUCCCAAUAACAACUAUAUUUAUGUAAAAUUUGCAACCAUCAAAAGUCAUGCUCUACUGCUGUACAACUAUGACAACCAGACAGGGGAACGGGCUGAGUUUUUGGCCCUUGAAAUUGCUGAAGAAAGAUUAAGAUUCUCUUACAAUUUAGGCAGUGGUACAUAUAAACUCACUACCAUGAAGAAAGUGUCUGAUGGACAGUUUCACACUGUAAUUGCCCGGAGAGCAGGAAUGGCAGCUUCCUUGACUGUGGACACCUGCUCUGAGAACCAAGAACCAGGCUAUUGCACCGUCAGUAAUGUAGCAGUUUCUGAUGACUGGACUCUUGACGUUCAGCCAAACAGAGUCACAGUUGGAGGUAUCAGAUCACUAGAACCAAUCCUUCAGAGGAGAGGACACGUGGAAAGCCAUGACUUUGUUGGCUGUGUGAUGGAGUUUGCAGUCAACGGCAGGCCUUUGGAACCCAGCCAGGCUUUGGCAUCACAAGGCAUCCUAGAUCAAUGUCCUAGACUGGAAGGCGCUUGUACUCGCAACCCCUGCCAACAUGGUGGCACAUGCGCAGAUUUCUGGUCAUGGCAGCAAUGUCACUGCAAAGAGGGACUCACUGGGAAAUAUUGUGAAAAAUCUCUUACACCUGACACUGCCUUGUCAUUAGAAGGCAAAGGACGCCUAGACUACCACAUGAGUCAGAAUGAGAAGCGGGAAUAUUUGUUAAGACAGAGCAUACGAGGUACUAUGUUGGAGCCUUUUGGUGUGAACAGACUGGAAGUAAAAUUCAGGACAAGAAGUGAGAAUGGCAUUUUAGUCCAUAUCCAAGAAAGCAGCAAUUAUACCACUGUGAAGGUCAAAAAUGGCAAAGUACAUUUUACAUCAGAUGCAGGAAUUGCCGGGAAAGUGGAGAGAAAUAUUCCUGAAGUGUAUGUUGCAGAUGGCCACUGGCACACUUUCCUAAUAGGGAAAAAUGGAACUUCCACAGUAUUGUCCAUUGACAGAAUAUAUAACAGAGAUAUCACCCACCCUACUCAGGAUUUUGGUGGCCUUGAUGUGCUUACCAUGUCUCUUGGUGGAAUUCCACCCAAUCAAGCUCAUAGAGAUACUCAAACAGGUUUCAAUGGCUGCAUUGCAUCAGUGCUGUAUGGGGGAGAAAGUCUCCCAUUCAGUGGGAAGCACAGCUUGGCUUCCAUCUCCAAAACGGAUCCCUCUGUAAAGAUUGGCUGUCGGGGCCCCAACAUCUGCGCCAGCAACCCCUGCUGGGGCGACUUACUGUGCAUCAAUCAGUGGUAUGCCUACAAGUGCGUGCCCCCUGGCGACUGUGCCUCCCACCCUUGCCAGAACGGGGGCAGCUGCGAGCCAGGCCUGCACUCCGGCUUCACCUGUAGCUGCCUGGAGUCGCAUACAGGGAGGACCUGUGAGACGGUGGUGGCCUGUCUCGGCAUCCUCUGUCCUCAGGGGAAGGUGUGCAAAGCUGGAAGUCCUGGCGGGCACGUCUGUGUUCCCAGCCAGAGCCCCGAGGAGAUCUCGCUGCCCCUGUGGGCCGUGCCUGCCAUCGUGGGCAGCUGCGCCACGGUCCUGGCUCUCCUGGUCCUGAGCCUGAUUCUGUGCAAUCAGUGCAGGGGAAGGAAGGCCAAAAAUCCCAAGGAUGAGAAGAAACCGAAGGAGAAGAAGAAAAAGGGCAGCGAGAACGUCGCUUUCGAUGAUCCAGACAAUAUUCCCCCCUAUGGGGAUGACAUGACCGUCAGGAAGCAGCCCGAGGGCAACCCGAAGCCUGACAUCAUCGAGAGGGAAAACCCCUACCUUAUCUACGAUGAGACUGACAUCCCCCACAGCUCGGAAACCAUCCCCAGCGCCCCUCUGGCGUCCCCGGAGCAGGAGAUCGAACACUAUGACAUUGACAACGCCAGCAGCAUCGCCCCUUCGGACGCCGACAUCAUCCAGCACUACAAGCAGUUCCGCAGCCACACGCCCAAGUUCUCCAUCCAGCGACACAGCCCCCUGGGCUUUGCCCGCCAGUCCCCCAUGCCCUUGGGGGCCAGCAGUCUGACCUACCAGGCUUCCUACGGCCCGGGCUUGCGGACCGGCUCCCUCAGCCACUCGGCCUGCCCGACGCCCAACCCUCUGUCUCGGCACAGCCCGGGCCCCUUCUCUAAGUCCUCCACUUUCUACAGGAACAGCCCAGCGAGGGAGCUGCACCUUCCGAUGAGGGAGGGGAGCACCCUGGAGAUGCACGGCGACACCUGCCAACCCGGCAUCUUCAACUAUGCCACGAGGCUGGGGCGGAGGAGCAAGAGCCCCCAGGCCGUGGCGCCCCACGGUUCCAGGCCCGGGAGUCGCCUGAAGCAGCCCAUCGGGCAGAUUCCCCUGGAGUCGUCCCCUCCCGUGGGGCUCUCCAUUGAAGAGGUGGAGAGGCUCAACACUCCUCGGCCGAGGAACCCGAGCAUCUGCAGCGCGGACCACGGAAGGUCUUCCUCGGAGGAGGACUGUCGCAGGCCCCUGUCCAGGACCAGGAACCCCGCCGACGGCAUCCCCGCGCCGGAGUCCUCUUCAGACAGCGACUCGCACGAGUCUUUCACUUGCUCAGAGAUGGAAUACGACAGGGAAAAGCCAGUGGUGUACACUUCCAGGAUGCCCAAAUUAUCUCAAGUCAAUGAAUCGGAUGCAGAUGAUGAAGAUAAUUACGGAGCCAGACUGAAGCCUCGAAGGUACCAUGGCCGCAGGGCCGAGGGCUGUCCCGUGAGCACCCAGGCGACAGCUCCAGGGGCUGCGGACCCCACGCUGCCCUUGAAGCUGGGGCAGCAGGCAGGGAAUUUCAACUGGGACAACCUUUUGAACUGGGGUCCUGGCUUUGGCCAUUACGUGGAUGUUUUUAAAGAUCUGGCGUCUCUCCCAGAAAAAGCAGCAGCAAAUGAAGACAGUAAAAGUGGGGCGACUAAGCCAGUCCCCAAAGAUGGGGAAGCAGAACAGUAUGUGUGAAGGGUGCGUACUGGCUCUACAAAAAUUAAAACAAAACAACAAGCACCCGAAACACUGUAAAGUUGCAGACGUGGUUGGGUGCAUUUAACAAAACAGGCCAGUAUGGACUGGUGGUUGAAAGAAAUGUUAAGAAAUAAUAACCUCAAUGCUGCUGAAACAGACUCAAAACAACUCUUUAAUUUAAACAUGCUUGGUGAAUUUGUUUUCCUGCAUGCAUUGUACUUUGUAACUAGUUAUGUGGCAUGCAGCAUUUGGAAAGUGUUGCUUCUUUACCAGUGUUUGGGUUGUGAUUUUUGAAAUUAAUACUGUUACUAUUGCAGAAAGGAACAUGUGCUUUCACAGUGGGGUUCUAUGUAUUGUUUCCAUUGUAUUAUUAUAAUUAUGUUUUACAUUGCAAGAUCCUCGAGGUUUAACCGACCCUUGUAAAGUGUAGAAAAAAGCCUUCCUAUUCUCGAACAAAAGACUAAGCAUUAACACUUUUCAGAAUUUUAGAUUCCAUAUUUGAUGUUGCUCAGAAAUGGCCAAGUAAUUAGCUUAAGUGUUAUAUGACAGUGGGUACUAAAAUUACAUCAUUUUUGUUCAGCACUUUAAUGCUUUCUUACAAAAUUUAGUUUAAAACUUCUGAAUCGUUUUGCAAAUGUUUGUGGCCUCCUGACCUUCCUCAGGCUUCCAUGAGGAACAAAAUCACUGCAUGCUGUCUCCAAAACACUGUCCCCCUCCUACUGUGGAAUGAUGCUCUCAACAUCACUUCUAAGAGACACUUUGAAAAGUUAUUUAUUGAAAAAGAAAAUUCUAUGGUUCUUGCCAUUCUAACAAAUUGAUCUAAGCAAACCCUGUGAUUGGACUGAUUUUUCAUCCACUCAACAUUUACCCCAAGUACCCAGUUUUUAUAAUUUAUAUAAAGUCAAAUUGCAACAGUUCUUACUUUCUGUCAUUUUGUAGAUCAUUUUUUAAUACUGUGUAAAAACUUUUUUUUACACCUAAGCUGUGUUUUUGAUACUGAUAUUUUCCUAUGCUGAAUAGUUUUCUUACUUUCAGGGAAGGUAAGAAAAUACUUUUUUACAUUUGUUACUUAUGUAACGUUCAUAUAUUUCACAUUUUGAUAUUUGUAACAUACUGUAUGCUUUCUACUUGUAAAUGCCAACAAUAGAAUUAAAAUAUUUAUUUAAAAUA